UUAUGGCUGUUGGCCACAGUGAUCUUAGUUCCUGGUCCUCGGGGAUCCUGGAAUUCCUGCUUGCGUGCUGGGGAGAGAAGGAAAGUGAGCCCUGGGGUGUGGGAGGGCAGAGGUCAGGCCAAAGUCCCUCCCUGCCCCUGCCUGCCCGCCUGUCCUGGAAAACUGUCUUCAGGGUUUCGGGGACCUGGCCACAGAGCAGGGGCACCAGGAGGCAGCUGGCAGGCUGUGGCCCGAGUGAGUGCCUGUGUUUGUGGAAGGAGCCCGGAGGACAGGUGACCUGGCACCCUGAAGCCAGGGGCCGCCACCAUGGGGCCUGCCGACUCAGGGAGCCGCCAGUGGACAGGAAUCCUGCUGUCAGCCUCGCUGCUGACUGCAUGGUGUCUUCCGGCUGCAGCCCAGAUCAUCCCCAGAGACAACCCGCUUAUCACCAUCCAAAAUCCACUGGCCAAGCCCACCAUCUCAGCCAGCCAGAACACAGUCACAGAACACAGGGAGAUGGUGACUUUCUACUGUGGCACCAUGGACGUCAAUGUCACCAUCCACUGGGUCUUCCAGAACCAACCCCUGGUGUUCAAUGAGCGCAUGCUGCUGUCCGCAGAUGGCAAGGUGCUCACCCUCCUCACGGUCCAGCGGGAGGACUCCGGGACUUACCAGUGUGAAGCCUGGGACACCCUUGAGACCCAGAGCAGCGACACCACCUUCCUGGAGGUCAACUAUGGUCCCGACUCCAUCAAAAUCAAGUGGGAGCCAGGUGUAGCCAGCGGGGAAGUGGUGGAGGUGCUAGAGGGCUCCACCGUGAACUUCCAGGUGGAAACGCAGUCUCACCCGGACCCUGACUAUACCUGGAUUUUCCCCAACAAUUACAAGCUGCCUACCACCAUGAGAACACUGACCAUCGACACUGUGUCCAGGGAACACGAGGGCAUGUUCAGGUGCUUGGUGUCCAACAACGCCACUCUCCUGUCCCGCCUCGGUGCUCUGACAGUGCGAGUCCUCGAAAAACUGACCAAGCCGCAGGUGGAGGCCCCGACCUGGGAUCUUGUGGAGAACGUUGGACCAGUGAACCUGACCUGCCAAACCACCCAUCGGAGGGUUCAAGUCCAGUGGUUCCUAGGGGAUCAGCCCCUCCUGCCCAGUGAGCGUCUGACCCUGUUGGAUGACAACCUGACCCUGGUCAUCCACAGCCUCCGUCGGGACGACACGGGGCCCUAUGAGUGUGAGAUCUGGCACUGGGGCAGCCGGGCUCGGAGUGACCCCCUCGGGCUGACCAUCAACUAUGGCCCUGACCGAGUGGACAUCACCAGGGGGUUUUCGUCUUCCGCUGUGGUCGGCACCAUCCACGAGAGGCUCAACUCCAGCCUGAUCCUGCAGUGCCAGGCCGAGUCCAAGCCAGAGGCGGAAUAUCGCUGGUUCCUUGAGCACUCUGCGGUGGUGUAUGUGGGCAAGCAGCUGGUCAUCGGGGCUCUGACCCAGGAACACAAGGGUGUCUGCAGCUGCAGGGCCUCGAACUCUCUCACAAUGGUGACUCGCUUUGCCUCCGUACUGAUCCAAGUAGAUCCGGAGCCAUCCUCCCUGUCUGCAGGGGCCAUCGCGGGCAUUGUUAUUGGGGUCCUGGCUGGCGUUGCUCUGGUCUCAGGACUGGGCUAUUUCUUCUACACCAGAAAGGCCGGAUGUCCCUUAGAGAGAUCAGGGGACAGCCCCAUCCCUGAGGCCACGCCACCAGCCUCUGCGCGGGAGCACCGCACACAGUCCAAUUCCUACAAACGAAGUCCUGUGUAUGACAACAUACCCGAGCCCAAGGGACAGAUCGGAGUUAAAAAGAAGCUGCCACCAGACCUCCCCGAGCAGUUCUAUGAGAAGGAACCGCCUUCAUCGACCCCCAGGGACUAUUCUCCCAGCCCCAGGAAGCCACCACCCAAAUUCGUGAUGCACCCGCCGGUCCCGCCCCCACCCAGAGGAGACCUAGAGGGUAGCUAUGAGACCCUUGUGAAUCCAGAGCCCGACACUUACUGCCAAAUCAACCCGUCAGUCUAACGGAAGCAGACAUCUUUUCUUCAAGAGUCCUAGAGACACCAGCCUCAUUCAUGCAUUCAGUGACACCGAGGACAUCGAGUGCACAUUGUCACCCAGCCAUCCCUGUCACCUUUGUAGACCUUGAGAUGCUCUAUUCCAAUGUGUUGAUCAGGCUUCAGAAUCUGGCCCUCACCAAAUCUCGGGCCAUUGACACGUGUUUCUUUGAAAGCCACAGGAACAGCCCUCGAACCUGGAAGUAGAGGGCCAGGGCUUGAGGCUCAGCAGCUGGGGGUACCACGGUUGCCUCCGGAGGCCGAGCGAACACUGUCAGCCCGGGAGAAGGAUGAGUCUAAGUCAGCUGGGGACAUGAAGGGGACAUCUGCAGGGGCUGGGCAAGCAGGGGCUUUCCGAAUCAUGAUAGGGGAUCAGGAACAAAGAGCUCUUAGGAAAUGGUGGAGUGAAGCCAGGGACUAAGGCUCCCGGGGGAGGGGGAGGUUGUGAGGAGUCCAGGAUGAUUCUGUUGCCAGAGCAACUGAGUGAUUGGCAGGUCACUGGGUGGGGGGCAGUGUGGGGUAGGGAGGGAGAUGAAGGAUGAGUUUAGAUAGGUCGAGAAUCAGACAGAGAAUCAAGUAGGCAGUGGUUCAUGAAGGUCUGGGGAGAUCAGGGCUGGAAACACACAUCUGUGUGUUGUCAGUAGGAUUUUAACUGACGGGGUCCUAAGACCACCUCAUACUCAGUGAUUUGCUAAAAGGAUUCACAGGACCCAGUUUUUAUGGCCCUGGUGGCAGCUUUUACAGAAAAGGGAAAGGGAGAGAAAUCAGCCAGGGGAAAAGGCACAGAGGACGCUGCACAGCGUCCAAGUGUUGGCGCUCAGUGGAGUCACGUGGGGACCCCCAGCAAGGACGUGCGAUGGCAACACAUGAUAAGGCUUGCCCACCCUGGAGGCUCACCUGAAGCUGGGGGGUAAGUCCCAUCAGCCUCUGCGCCUGUGUCACUCUCCAGGCGUCUCCCAGAAGUCACGCUGUCAUCGUGCUCUCUUGACAGACGGGUUCGGCCUAGCUCAAGGCCUCAGGCAUGCAAAAAUCAUCUAAUCAGGUAGAACGUGGCAAGGGCAGAUCUCAGGAGCCAGCCACAGGUUAACGAUGGACACGGGCCUUUCUUGGGAAUGUGCAGGGUCCGUAGGCCUGCGACAUUGCGCCAAAUAGGGGGUGAUGAAGACAAGGAAGAGUAGCGGCUGGCAGCUGAGUCCGGGGACCAUCCAAGGUUUACAGGAGAGACCAGCAAAGGAGACAGUAAAGGACUGGAGAAGAAGAUGGGAGGAAAACCAAGAACGUGAAACCUCAGAAAUCAAGAAGGGGUUCCCAGAAUGGGUUGUUAAUCUUUGGAGCUGUAAGGCUAUAUUAGUGACAAUAAUAUUAAUUCAUAUUAAAAACCUGGUCAUUAGAUAUGAUCCAGAAGAUCAGUGUCAGGAUCUUAAUUUUUUAUUUAAGUACUAGGGAUUGAACCCAGGGGUGCUCUAUCAUUGAACUACAUCCGCAACCCUUUUUGAGACAGAGUCUCGCUAAAUUGUGGAGGCUGGGGGCUGGGUG